UCUCCAAUUCCAUCUGACCGUUCUGAACGGAAUGCCUCCGUCACCUCUGACCCUUCACCCUCUGACCAACUCUCCUCCCUCCAUCCACCUUCCUCUCCUGUUAAAUGUUCCUCUCAGCCUUGCUCUCCUGCUAAACAGCCCUCUGUACCCCGGUCACCUGCCAAACACCCUUCCCCAGUGAAAUCCUCUCCAGUGGUGUCCCUCCCUAGUUCUCCCUCUCCUACCAACCCUCUGGACUGUCAUGGAGACACCAGCCAUGAGGGCACAACAGUCAGACCUCUGUCUCUUCUGGACCACUCUAGCCCAAGGCCCCAGAGGCCAGUCUCAGCCACCAGAAGCAUGAGUCUUCCCAGGGCCAGCUCAGCCACCAGAGGGUCAGAAGAGACCCAGGGGGCCAGAGGAGAACGGGGGGCACUGGUCAACAUGGAACUUCUUGGGUUGCCUAACAUUGGCAACACUUGCUUCCUUAACGCCAUCCUGCAGUGUCUCCUGGUCCUGCCUUCCUUCUUAAAGAAAAUCCUGCACCAGGAACAACUCUGGAGCUCCUCCCCCUUCUCCAACCUGCUCAGGUGUCUGUCUGAUGUGUACCGUUCGAGUCUACCUGACAGUGGAGCAAACCAGGCCUCAAAAGCAGACCUCAUGUGGAAGGUCAAGUACUCCUUGUCGGGAUAUGAUUUGAAAUAUCUGGGGGACACGCAACAGGACGCACACGAGUUACUUGUGAACAUGCUGUGUCAGCUGAAGGAGGAGGGCAUGAUACUGAAGACACUCGGGGUGAGCUAUACCUGCCCUGUUUCCCAGCUGGAGUUCCAGCUUGUGUCGGUGCGCACAUGUACCAGCUGUGGGCGCGAGUCGUCCACCAGAGAGGACUACAACCACCUCUCAUUGGACUUCAGCCCUGAGCGCACCUUGCAGAGCAGCCUAGCACUCACUUUCAAAGGUGAAAAGGUUGAAUUCAAAUGUGAGGGCUGUAAAGGACUCCACGCCACAAAGGUGGAGCUUUUCCACACACUGCCUCUUGUGCUGGUUCUGCAUCUGAAGAGGUUUGGAGGACCUGGGGGGUUGGAGAAGCUGGAGGCUCCUCUUUUGUUUCCUUCGGAGCUGAGGCUCUCCACCCUCUGUGGGGACAUGGUGCCACACCUGCACAGUGCCAGCCCACAGGCCCUCACCAACCUGGCCCCCCAGCAUCCAGGGGUCCAUCCCCCAGACCCUCACCAGCCAAGUCUCCAGCCCAGCUGGAGAGGCCAAAGACAGCACCCUCUGCUGUUCAGAUUCAAAUGACCAGGAACCAGAGAAAGUGCUGCUGACAGCCUCAGUGAAGCAGCAGCCAGUGAAGUCAGUGAAUGGAUCAGCCUUACCUCAGGUUUUCACCCCGA